UUGUGAAGCUUCUUGUGAGCAAUGAUCUAAUAGAAUCAAAGCACGCUUCCCCAGCACUAUCCUUACCAUGACAGUGACAGGUGUAUUUGUGAUCCUGGCACUUUUCAGUCACUUUGAAGAUGUUGCCAGUCAAGCUAAAUACCAGGAGGGCAUGUGCCGUAAUUUCCGACAAUUAUUGCAAAGUGGGAAGUUAUACUGCAAUAGAGACAUUGACCCUGUUUUCGGCCCUGAUGGCAGAACACACACAAAUAUAUGUGUCAUGUGCCGACAAGUCUUGAGAGGCAGCGCAUUAGCCAACAAUGGUGGAAGAGUCUGGCCCAAAGAUUCUUCUUCAGAAAUGGUGAGGAGCUGA